AUGCCGCGCCGCACUCGCUCGUUUGGUCUCGCAGGGAACCCUAGAUCAGGGUCCUUGCACCCUUUAGGCAUCCAUAGCCAGCGCCGAAGCUGGGCUUGGGCCCGGUCUAUCAAGGCCUCCCGUGGCCCAACAGAUGGGGAAGCCACAUCACCACGGUUCUCACCGCCCAGUGGAGGGCCCAGCAAGAGAAAUGGCUGGUGUAGCUCCUCCGGCCCAAGCUCGCAGGACGGCCCAGGUCCACCAGCACUCGUGCCCAGGGCCCGCGAGCCCAGCGCCGCGCCAGGCAGCCUCGACACCUCCGGCUCCGGCGACCCCCGCCUCGCCGCGCCCGACUCCCCACCGUUCGGCGUCGAAGGCCGCACGACCUCGGCGCACGGAGAGGACCUCCCGGUCCGGGAGGCGGCGCCGCGCCACCGCCCUUCGUCUCCGCGCGCGGCUCCCGGAGCCGAGGGAGGAGCUCACGAUCCCCAAAUCGUGAAGGCCGUCCCCCGAGCGCAAAGGUCACCCGCCGCCGUUGACCUCGCCGGCCAACACCGUCCACACCGUCGAGCGCCCGCUCCAGGAAACCACCCAAGGUCGCCCGGCCGGAGGGACGACGAGGAGGCGAGUCGCCGGAAAAGGCUCCUCCUCCGACUCGGAGUCAGCUGCGCCCCCGCGAGCAGCUCCGCCGCCGCGAGAGGGCCGCCUUCGCCAGAACCCGCCCCGACCCUUCGCCGUGAGCCGCCCGGGGCCGACGCCAUCCCGCACGCCGCGCCAUCCGGCGGCGGCCGCCUCACCUCGCCGGCCAGAUCUGGAAUUUGA